AUGGACCUGCGUAAACAGCUGGAGAAUACUGAGAGGAACUGGAAUAAAGAGAAGAUGGAAUUGCUGGAGAGAUUUGACAACGAAAGGAAAGAAUGGGAAUGUCAAUGGAAGGUCAUGCAGAAGAAAAUAGAAGAGCUUUACCAGGAGGUAAAGCUUAGAAGGGAGAGCAAUAUGAACAUCCAUGACAACAAGGCCAUUCAAAGCAAGAUGCUGCAGCUGUCCAUGCAUUCCCCUACUUCAGAAGAGAGUGACACAGUGGAGCUGAGCUAUCAACACAAUGUGGCAAAUGACAGAAAGGAGAAAGGGAGUCUGCUCAGUAAAACAGGACAUGAGUGUAAAGAAACCAGACCCAAGGGCAGAAACAAUACUCUGUUAAUGGACAAUCUGGCCUUUGAGAACCGUGAGGAGCCUGAAGACAGCCUCAGCAUCCAAACUUCCAAGAAAAAUGCCAAGAAUUAUAUUGGUGAUCUCAAUGUAGCUCUUAAAGAACUUGCCAGAGUCAGUGAAGAAUUAUGCAGCUAUCAAGAGGAAAUUCGAAAGAAGUCCAACCACAGAAGAAUGAAGUCACUUCCUUUCCUGGAGGAAUUUGGGGGAACUCAAAAUACAGUUAUUCUGUCUGAGAUGAACCAUGUGUCCAGCAAUGAAUCACAGACCUCAGUUGCUUUUGAAACAGAGGAACAUAAUAAUAGGAAGAAUCUGAUGAGCUCCACCAAGGCUUUGAAGGACAUGUCUUAUGGUGGUCUUACUGGUGACAUAGGAACAGACUUCAGAUCUUGGCAAAAGAAAGAAGCUCCACCAGUUCCUCCACGGACCACUUCUCGGCACCUAACAAACUCACUUUCUGCAGUUGUACAGCUUUCUGAAGCACCACUAAGAGAUCCAGGCAUUGAAAGCAAUUGCAAGGCUCAAGACUGUUGGAGUGAAGGGAAACUGGGGAAUACUUCAUCUGUAAACAAGAAUGAAAUUACAGCAGCCUGUGUAAAUGAAGGGCAAGCUGUGAAAAUCCCUGUGAUGCUAAGUGCUGCAAUACCUGUAACCAAAAAUGAGUGCGAUGUUCCAACAAGUUUCUGCCACAACACGUGGGCAUAUGAUGUGGGCAAACUUGGAAAAGGCACUAACAGUGAGCCUUCCCCCCUGUCAGCCCAAAAGAGUUGUUCAGACGGAAAUAUGGCCCAAAGCAACAAGAUGCACCAGAAACAACACCCCAAGUCUCACAGCAGCCCUUAUUACAGUAAUGACUUCUAUGCCCCUUCUACCUUCCACAAUGAUCUUUUGGAAGACACUAGGUAUAUGUUGGGAAAGACUCAAAGAAAUGAAACUCUAGCAGCAAAGAUCGAUGAGUUUAACCGGACUGUAUUUCACACAGACAAAUGUAACAAUGCUUUGCAGCCAAACCAGGUGCCUCGAACAGCAUCAGAAGAUCACAAACCCUGUAGCCCACUGUGUGACUCUGCUAUUAGCAGGACAGAAAUUGUAAAUUCAUCAUGUGCUUCAAAGCCCAAACCUUCUGCAGCAAGCGAGCAAGAAACUAGCAACCCCAACAAAGCUGUCAGGACAGCAGGGCAACAAAAACAAAUGAAUGGACUUCCAAAUCCUAGUGGUUAUAGGCACAUGCUUCAUGAGCAUGACUGGAGACCGAGUAAUUUAUCUGGUCGUCCACGGUCAGCUGACUCCAGGUCAAACUAUGGUGUUGUUGAAAAGCUUUUGAAAAACUAUGAAAAAUCUACAGUGACUUCUCCAUGUAGUGCAAAGUGCUGCAAAGAUAAGUGGAAGCAGACAAAUUCUGAAUUCACUGAUGGGGGUUGUGAGACACUGAGUCAGUAUGUAGAAACGCUCCAGAUUGAGCAAGGAAGACAAGAAUUUCCGAGGAAUUCAGCCAGGCAUAUUGGGCAGCAACUCAAGCAAGGAAGAGAGAGACAGAAGUUACCAGAGAUAUCUGUACCAGCUAAAAGUUCAAGUGAGAAGGGUUUCUCCCGGCCCGCUCGGCCAGCAAAUCGACGCUUACCUUCCAGAUGGGCAUCCAGAUCCCCAUCAGCACCUCCUGCUGUGAGAAGAACAGUGUACAACUGCUCUGUCUCCUUUCGGUCAGAGACUUCAGUAGUCUGAACCCAGAGCUGGGUUGGAUGGUGUUGUGAAAGCUCUACGCCUCAUUAUAACUGUGUUUGGUAUGUGUCAUAGCAACCAGUUCUACACCAUUGUAUUUUGUCCAAGAGUGACUCCCACCAUAUGCCAGACAAAGCGUUCUGAAUCUUAGGUCAUCAUCACCAUGGUCUUCAGUGUUUUUAUUGAGAUGAAAUAACUACACCCCUGGUUUUCUCUAGGUUGUUUUUGGUAAUAGUUCACCAGGAAUUUCUUUUGAACAGCAUUUUCCUUAAGUCGCCAAUUUUGAGUUGAAACAAUGUAUAGUGCUGUAUAUUCUGACUCUUCUGCAAACAGCAGAACGUAAAGCUGUGUGCAUGAUCAUGUGUUUGUAGGUGCAUGUGCUGGACUAGGAAGUAUACAGGCCUGUAUUUAGAAGAGACAAACUGUGCUAGUGUUGACAUUGAAAUUACAACCUAUAUGCCUACAUA